CCAGAACGUUUCAGGCUCGCGCGCCGGAAGUGAUGUCGAGAAGAGGCCGGGAGCGGAAGUAGGACUAUUGCAGCGCCUAUUACCGCGAGAGGGGGGCGUCGGCCAUGCGGUUCAACGAGCGGGAGUUGCUCUCGCUCUCGCGGCAGCCGGCGGAGAAAGCCGCCGAGGUGCUCAUGCGGGCGCCCAAGAAGGGAAGCCCCCUGAAGAAGCGCCUGGUGAAACUGGUGGUCAACUUCCUCUUUUAUUUUCGUACGGACGAAGCCGAGCCUAUUGGCGCUUUGCUGCUGGAACACUGCCGGAUCAACCAAGAGGAAGACACAGUCUUUUCCAUCAGUUUCUUAGAGGAGCCAGCCAGGAAAUACUACUUCGAGUGCGACACAGAGGAGCAAUGCCAGGAAUGGAUUGAAGUGCUGCGAAGGGCCAGUUAUGAGUUCAUGAGGAGCAGCUUGAUUUUCUAUCGCAAUGAGAUCCAGAAGAUGACCGGAAAGGAUCCCUUGGAGCAGUAUGGCAUUUCGAAAGAAGCCCGCUUCCAGUUGGGGGCAAGGAAGGUGUGAUCUUGAACGUGUGGCACUCCAACUCCCAUCUUCCAUGGCCCAAAUCUCCUCCUCGGGGUCUGUUUUUGCAGCUGAAAUGUUGACCAACCGAGUCUCCCUUUCGAGUCCAUGGGGAGAUCUUAUAUCACUAUUCCUUCCUUUGUUGGCAGCUUGAAUGUAUUUCCAAACCUGCUGUGAAAACAUGUUACGUCAGGGCAUUUUCAAUACUUAGGAUAGAAAUACGGCAUAGAGGAUUGUGAGCUCAGCCUGGACCCAUUUACACCCGGACAUCUUCCCUUUCUCCCCACUGAGUAGCCGGUUUUUAUUCUACACAUGCAAUGAAGAGAUUGCUUUCUCUGUGAAAUAUCUGCUUAUUCUUUUUGUACACUAAUGUCAUUGUUUUCCUCACUAAAUAAAAUAUCUUGCCUUGUUUAAA